ACAAUGACAUUUGACACUUUAAAAAUGGUGCUGCUGCAGUGUUGAGCUAAAUGACGCUUUGUGUUAUUUUUAUAGUUUUGUUUAAUUUUCUUUUCUGUUAGUUAAAUGUGUAGCUGUGUAAAUACCACACAUUAAUUAGGUGUUGUUCGUCAAAUAUGUGCGACAGUGAUGAUCCGAACGACCACAGUAGGUCCGGCAUGGACCUCACUGGGUUUCUGUUUGGAAAUAUAGAUGAAAGCGGCCAACUUGAGGAUGAUGGACUAUUGGACGGGGACUCUAAGCGUAUGCUAUCCUCUCUGACCCGCUUGGGCCUUGGUUCUAUGUUAUCAGAGGUAUUGGAAGAGGAAGAACCGGAUCAGGUUGACGAAGAGAAAGAUUACGCACAAAAAAGCCCAUCUGCUGUUGAUUUCUUUGAUAUUGAUGAUGCGGCAGAGGAAGAAAAGGAGGUAGAGAGCAAUGUAGAGUCUAACAUAAGGGAAACUGAGUCUGAUUCAAGAAAUGAGACAGUUAUCCAAGAGAAUGUACGGGAUGUAGAUACUAUAAGCGAUUGUCCACAGACUGAUGUGAAAGAUAGCUGGAAAGACGAUUAUGAGAAUGAAACAGAACGACGUAACAAUGACGAAGGAUAUGAAGGGGACAUGGAAGGCGAUGGUGGACUUAUGCCACCACCAUCUACUGUGCCGAAACCUAAAACUGACAAGUGUAAGAAAUUGGAUACUCCAUUGGCAGCCAUGCUGCCCUCUAAAUAUGCAAAUGUUGACGUCACAGAAUUGUUUCCAGACUUCAGACCUGAUAAAGUAUUGUUAUUCACGCGUUUGUUCGGGCCGGGCAAACUUUCCAGCCUGCCUCAGAUCUGGCGCGGCGUGAAGAGACGCCGGCGCCGCAAGCGGAGCGGCAGUGCUGGCAGUGACACCCCGCAGGCCCCCGAUUUGCAGGAGGUUCAAUAUGCAAGCGAUGACGAAGAGAAAUUUCUCAAACCCAUGGAAGAGACCUCUCAAACUACACAGGGUGAUUCAAAUUCACAAAACACAGGGGACAAGUCUCAAAGGCCUACGCCGGCCCACUGGCGCUUCGGUCCCGCUCAGGCGUGGUACGACAUGCUCAAUGUACCUGAGACUGGCGAAGGAUUCGACUACGGAUUCAAAGUUAAGGCCCCAUCUCCAGAAAGGGAAGAAAAGCCAAAAGAAAUGAACAGCGAAGAAGAUCCUAACUCUGAUGCCAAUGAUAACAGAGACAGCCCUGAUAGCGGAUUCCCUGAUGACGCGUUCCUUAUGGUUUCCCAAUUGCAAUGGGAGGAUGACGUUAUAUGGGAUGGCAGCGAAAUCAAACAAAAGGUUUUAGCUCGGCUCAACAGUAAAAGCAACGCUGCGGGAUGGGUGCCAACGUCUGUCAGUAGAACGGCUCAACAGUUCUCUCAUCCGAGACCGCAGCAACCUGCGCCUCUGCAAACCAAACCUGCGACAACCACAUCAUCAUCCAACAACAAUGGAGCGACUUCAGCUGAUGGAGAAGACAACACUUGGUACAGCAUAUUCCCUGUUGAGAAUGAGGAACUUGUUUACGGAAACUGGGAAGACGACGUUAUAUGGGAUGCUGAGAACAUGCCCAAAAUACCCAAACCCAAAAUACUUACCUUGGACCCUAAUGAUGAGAAUAUUAUCUUGGGCAUACCUGAUGAUGUUGACCCGUCGAAGAUUACUAGAGAACGAGGACCGCAGCCAAAAGUGAAGAUUCCUCAUCCUCACGUGAAGAAAUCCAAAAUCCUGCUGGGCAAAGCUGGAGUCAUCAACGUACUGCAAGAGGACGCUCCGCCGCCGCCGCCCAAGUCGCCUGACCGCGACCCUUUCAACGUGUCCAAUGACGUAUAUUAUCAACCAAAAUCCCAAAACCCUCGACUAAAAGUCGGUGGAGGUCAACUCAUACAGCACAGCACACCGGUGGUGGAACUGCGAGCUCCGUUCAUACAAACUCACAUGGGGCCGGCUCGACUGCGAGCUUUCCACAGACCUGCGAUGAGGAAGCUGUCGUAUGGACCUCUGGCUGCACCUGGGCCUCAUCCGGUCCAACCUCUGUUGAAGCAUAUCAGGAAGAAGGCUAAGCAACGUGAAGCAGAACGGCUCGCAUCAGGUGGUGGAGACGUGUUCUUCAUGCGAUUGGCCGAAGACCUCAGCGGUAGAGACGGGGAGCUGAUCCUGGUGGAGUUCUGUGAGGAGCACCCUCCUCUCAUCAGCCAAGUUGGAAUGUGCACCAAGAUUAAGAACUAUUACAAGAGAACUGCUACCAAGGACAACGGCCCAAAGCCGCUGAAGUACGGUGAGAUAGCGUACGCACAUACGUCACCGUUCCUCGGGAUCCUACCGCCCGGCACCACCCAGUCCGUGGUAGAGAACAACAUGUACCGCGCGCCCAUCUAUGAGCACUUGUUGUCUGAGUCUGAUUUUCUAGUUAUACGAACCAGACAAGCAUACUACAUUCGCGAGGUGGACGCAUUAUUCGUCGCCGGUCAGCAGUGUCCUCUAUAUGAAGUGCCGGGACCCAACUCGAAGAGGGCUAACAAUUUUGUUCGAGACUUUUUGCAGGUGUUCAUAUACCGACUGUUCUGGAAGUCCCGCGGCAACCCGCGCCGUAUAAAGAUGGACGACAUCAAGAGGGCGUUCCCGUCUCACUCCGAGAGCUCUAUACGUAAACGGCUCAAGUUGUGCGCUGAUUUUAAACGUACUGGCGAAGAUUCCAAUUGGUGGGUAAUAAAGCCUGAUUUCCGUCUGCCGUCCGAGGAGGAGCUCCGCGCGAUGGUGUCCCCCGAGCAGUGCUGCGCGUACUUCAGCAUGGCGUCCGCCGAACAGCGGCUGAAGGACGCCGGCUACGGGGAGAAGUUCAUCUUCACCCCGCAGGAGGAUGAUGAUGAGGAGAUGCAGCUCAAGAUGGAUGACGAGGUCAAAGUGGCCCCAUGGAACACAACCCGCGCGUACAUCCAAGCGAUGCGCGGCAAAUGCCUCCUCCAGCUGACCGGUCCCGCCGACCCCACGGGUUGCGGGGAGGGUUUCUCCUACGUGCGCGUCCCGAACAAGCCCACGCAGCAACCCAACGAAGAGCAGCAACCCAAAAGAACGGUUACCGGCACUGAUGCUGAUCUGAGGAGGCUGAGUUUGAACAACGCUAAGGCUUUGUUGAGAAAGUUUGGCGUUCCUGAAGAAGAGAUUAAAAAAUUGUCCCGCUGGGAAGUCAUAGAUGUGGUGAGAACAUUGUCUACUGAAAAAGCGAAGGCAGGUGAAGAAGGAAUGACAAAAUUCUCUAGAGGGAACCGAUUCUCUAUUGCGGAGCAUCAAGAAAGAUACAAGGAAGAAUGUCAACGCAUAUUCGAGUUGCAAAACCGCGUGUUGACCAGCACGGAAGUACUGAGUACUGACGAAGCCGAAAGCUCCGUCAGCGAGGAGUCAGAUUUGGAGGAAAUGGGCAAAAAUAUUGAAAAUAUGCUCGCUAAUAAGAAGACUACAGAACAAUUAUCAAUGGAAAGAGAAGAGGCGGAGAGAGCUGAACUUAGGAAAAUGAUUAUGGGUCAGUCUGAGAAGAAACCACAAAUAAAUCACCAGGACCAACAGCAGUCUUCAAGUCAAGGUCGAGUACUUCGCAUAGUCCGUACAUUCAGAAACGCAUCAGGCCAACGUUACACUCGUUUAGAGUUGGUAAGGAAAGCUGCUGUCAUCGAAGCUUACACCAAAAUACGUUCGACCAAAGAUGAUGCCUUCAUUAGACAGUUCGCCACAAUGGACGAAACGCAGAAAGAAGAGAUGAAGAGAGAGAAAAGGAGAAUUCAGGAGCAGUUGCGGCGUAUUAAGAGGAAUCAGGAAAGAGAAAGACUGGCUGGAAAUGUUUUGGGUGUUAGCACUCCCUUGGGUGAUAGUAUGAUGAACUCGUCGACUAUGUCCGAUCUGGGAUCGCCGUCGCCCGGUUUGAUUCCCUUGGGCCAAAUUAAACAGGAACCAGACCUUACGCCGUCCAGACGACGAGCUAAGCUGAAGACAGAUUUGAAGUUAAAGUGCGGCGCUUGCGGCCAAGUCGGUCACAUGAGAACCAACAAAGCGUGCCCGCUGUACACCGGCAGCGGCGCCUUGACCCCAGAGCACGACGAGCCUCCCCCCGAGCCGGAGGACAUCGACCUCGGAUACGUCGAGGGGACCAAGCUGACUCUGCCCACUAAAAUUAUCAAACAAUCAGCAGAAGAGUUCAAACGUCGUAGAGGGAGCCACCGCGGGGAGAUCCGCGCGGCUGGCCGCAACCGCCGCCGCGGCACCGCGAGCGAGUCGUGCGACUACCUCGUGAAGAGACCCGCGGAGAGACGCAGAACGGACCCCUUGGUCACGCUGUCCUCUCUGUUGGAGGACGUGUUGAACACCAUGCGCCAUCUGCCUGAUGUCCAGCCGUUCCUGUUCCCAGUUAACCCCAAGCUGGUCGCCGACUACUACCGCAUCGUCUCCCGGCCCAUGGACCUGCAGACCAUCAGGGACAACCUGAGGCAGAAGCAUUACCAGAGCCGCGAGGAGUUCCUUGCUGACGUCAACCAAAUCGUUGAGAACUCCAAUCUUUAUAAUGGUCCCACGAGUAGUUUGACCGUUGCUGCGCAGCGUAUGAUGCAGCGAUGCUUCGAAAAACUGGCUGAAAAAGAGGAACAAUUUAUGAAGCUCGAGAAACAAAUAAAUCCUCUGCUAGAUGACAAUGAUCAGGUUGCACUGUCAUUUAUCUUCGAGAAUCUGUUAACAACCAAGUUGAAGAUCAUGCCCGAAGCGUGGCCUUUCUUGAAGCCUGUGAACAAGAAACAGGUGAAGGAUUACUACAGCGUUAUCAAAAAACCUAUUGACAUGGAGACAAUUGGAAAGAAAAUUCAAGCUCACAAGUAUCACAGCCGCGAAGAGUUCUUGCGCGACAUUCAACUGUUGGUGGACAACUGUCGCGCGUACAACGGACCCAACUCGCAGUUCACGCGACAAGCCGAGUCGGUGCUCAAAGUCACUCAGGAGGCCUUAGAACAGUUUGACGAGCACGUGAGCCAACUAGAAGCGAACAUAGUGCGAGUCCAACAGAAGAUGUUGGAGGAGGCCGAGCAGUCGGAUAUAGAAGACGAGCCGCCUCCACAACAGUCAGACGAGAAGCGGGGACGAGGAAGGCCCAGGAAACACAAGCCCGCUACUUCUACUUCUGGCACUGAUGAAGCAACGCAAAGGAAGCGCGGUAGACCGAAGAAAGAUCAGAAUAGCCUCGUUGACGAUCUACAAUACUCUGACAGUGGUUCUUCUGGUCUAGAAGAGGUGGAACAGAAAGACGUGGCCGAGGCAAUGGUACAGUUGUCGGUUCGUCCUGAGGACAUGAGUGGCGAGCCGAGUUUCGACACGUCGGAGUUCCUCAUCAAACGCGAGGUGCCGGACGAGCUGCCGCAGAUGUCGGACGAGCUGGUGGACUUGGACCAGCACAGCCGCGACUACACCUAUCCGGCUGUCGUGAAGGAGGAACCCAUAGAGCCCGAUAUGAAUAUGGACCCGCCAAUGCUGGACAGCGCGCCCGUCGAGCAUCCACAGUUCAAAGAGGAACCGCUUGAGAACUGGCAGCCGGAGCCUGCUAUACAAGACGAUUUGCAAGUCACCGACAGCGAAGAAGAGGCAGAGGACGGUCUGUGGUUUUAGAAACUGUCAUGGUAAUAUUUCGCUGUGUAAUAAACUUCAAUAAAAAAAAUGUAGCUGUAUAAUUUAGUCCGGGUUUUUGUAAGAAUAUCUUUAUAGUUAGUUAAAUAUGAAAUUAUUAUAUAAUAUUAUGAAUAAAUCGUUAAAUUGAUUAAA